ACGAUCACAAUUUCCAAUUCGAAAUUCAAGCAAACUCAUUCACUUUGCCUCUAAACAUUCUCUCUGCUUUCAAUUUACCUCCAAAAUCCACUCUCUUUCUAUCUCCCAAAUGGACGCUCCUAAGGAAAAGAAAGGCGCAGGAGGCAGAAGAGGAGGUGAAAGAAAGAAGUCAGUUUCUAAAUCUGUUAAAGCUGGUCUUCAAUUUCCCGUCGGUCGUAUCGCUCGGUUUCUCAAAAAAGGCCGAUAUGCUCAACGUUUCGGUUCCGGAGCUCCAGUCUAUCUCGCAGCCGUUCUUGAAUAUCUCGCUGCCGAGGUGCUGGAAUUGGCUGGAAAUGCGGCACGUGACAACAAGAAAAACAGGAUAAAUCCAAGGCACGUGCUGUUAGCUGUCAGGAAUGAUGAGGAGUUGGGGAAAUUGCUACAUGGUGUGACGAUUGCAAGUGGUGGAGUGUUGCCAAAUAUUAAUCCUGUGCUUUUGCCUAAGAAAUCUGCUGCUGGUCCUGCUGAUAAACCUUCUGAAAAAUCCCCUAAAUCUCCCAAAAAGGCCUGAAAUCAUAUUGUUCUAAUUAUGUAUUGAUUCCAAAUAAUGGAGUGUAGGAUUUAGUAGUUAGGUCUUUUUUUUUUCUUUUUUUUUUCCUUCUUUUCAAAAUGCAUGAUGUAGCUGAUUACAACUUUAUAAUGGAAAAUUGCUUUAAUCUGCAA